AUGGCAAAAUUUAACCAUGGUAUUUCAAUUGAUAUUGAUGAUCAAGUUAAUUUAUAUAAUUCAAAACAUGAAGAUGAUGAAGAAGUUAAAAUAAAUGAUAUGAAAGAUUAUCAAGAAAAAGUAUCUUUAAAAAUGACAUUACUUGGGGCAUUAUUAUUUAUAUAUAUAGAGAAAGACUAUGAUUUGGCUUCAAAACAGGAAUCAUAUAAUUAUCAUUUAAUUGCCCGUGAUAUGUUAUUUCAUAGUUUAAAACAAAUACAUAUAGAAAAUAGAAAUGAUAGAGAAAAUAGGUGGAAAGAGGCUAUUUUAGAAUUUGAGGCAAAUAUAAAUGCACUACCACCAUCAUUAGAGACAUCCUGGACAUUUUCAAUGGCAAUAUUUUAUGUUGGAACAAUUUAUACAACAAUUGGUUAUGGUAAUAUAGCAUGUGCCACGACAACAGGAAGAAUUGUUAGUAUCAUUUAUGCUUUCAUUGGUAUUCCAAUAUUUUUAAUAAUAUUAAAUAAUCUUAAUGAAUUUUUACUUAAAAAAAUUAAAAUGAUAAGUAUUCUUUUUGAGAAUAAUAUUUUUUAUUAUUCUAUAAAAUUUGGAUUAUUAAAAUUGGAGGGUGAAAAAAAAAUUAAAUAUUACAAAAAAUUGAAGAAAGAAAAAAAUGUUGAUAAUUUAAUAGAAAAUGAAUUAAUUGAUUUAUCAAAAGUUAAUGAUAAUACCAGUGAUACAUGUAUAAAAAUUAAUAUAGAAGAAAAUGAAAAAAAUUUUGUUCAUAAUCCUCCAAUAUUAACAGGUGUCCUGAUAACAUUAAUAUGGAUAUUUUUGUCAGCAGGAUUAUUUUGCCUAUGGGAAGAUUGGACAUAUGGAUCAUCAACAUAUUUUAUAUUUAUAUCACUUUUAACAAUUGGUUUUGGAGAUAUUUAUCCUGUUCAUAGACCAGAAUUAUUUUGUUGGGCAUUUGGUGCUGUUAUUAUUGGUUUAUCAUUAGUUACCGUUUGUAUUUCAUUAUGUCAGGAGAAGAUAGAAUUAUUAUAUAAAUCAUUUCUUGAUAAAUUACUUGAUGAUUAUAUUAAAGCCCUCGAGAGUGGUGAUCCAAAUGCUGUUAAAGAUGCUAUGUCAGCAUUUGGUGGUAAGGCAAAAUUUAUUAUGCCUUUAAUUAGUAAAAGUAAAGGUCUUAAAAUGAUGGAACAAUUAAAAAGUGAUGCUAAGGAGAAAGGUAUUGAUUUACCACCAUCUAUUUCAUCUGUCAACCCCGAGACUGGAAGACCAAAUUUUUGUGAAACAACAAAAGAUAAGUUGGAUGAUUUAAUUAAAAAUGAAAAAAUAAAUGCUGAAAAAGUUUCUUCUAUUAUAAAAAAUAAAAUUGAUGAAGAUAAGAAAAAAAUCAAUUUUGAAAAUGUUAAAAAUUCACAAAUACAAACAGAUGAAUCAUUAUUAGAUGAAUAUAUUAAAAAUGUUGGAAAAUUAAAAAAUUACGAUAUUACUAGUCAGAUGAGUUCAAUUAUCAAUGACGAUAUAAUUCAAAUAGAAAAUAAGAAAAUUAACAAUUUCAAUGAUGUGAGUAGUUUAAAAAUACCUACAACAAAUACAUCAAAUCAAACAGAUAUAAUAUUGUUAAAAGAUUGUGGAAUCCAACCUGAUGUUAGUUAUAUAGUUAAACAUUUUCAUAUUAAAAACAAUCAAUUUGAAAAUAUUUUAAAUGAUGACAAAUUAAAGUGUAACAAUAUUUCAUCAUCUAAUGAAAAUAUUUGUGUUAAUUUUAUGAAAGACACUGCAUUAGAUCCAAUUGAUAUAUUAACAAAUAUCAAUACAAGUACACAAACCAAAGAGAUUGCAAUAAGAAGUAGGAGAUCACAAACAAGGCUUACGGGAAUUGUUAAAGCAAGAAAAAAUAUUAAAAUUCAUUCUAUUUCAAUGGAACAUGAUAUUCAUAAUCAAAAAAAUAGAUAUAAAAAUAAAAAAAUUAACAAAAGUGGAAUGACAAAAAAAGAAAAAAAUCAUCUAAAAAAUUUUUUACUUAAUAUUAGAAAUAAUGAUAAACAAAAUUUUGAUGAUGAUGUUAAUAAACCUAUUGAUAAAAUUGACAUAUUGACAACUAGAGAUGAAAAAAUUUUAUUGAUAAAAGAAUUGGAAAAUUAUAGAUCAAAAAAUAAUAUUUAUAAAAUUGUUCAUGAUAAAUCAGAUAAUUAUGACUAUGAAUUGAAGUCUAAUAUAACACAACAAAAAUUACCAAAUAAUACUUCUUUAGAUUCUGAUAAUUUUAUUAUCAAAAAUGCAAAAUUAUGUAAAGAAAAAAAUUUACAAUCUUUACCAUUAAUAUCACUAGGUAACAAUUUAAUAGAUAGUAAUAAAAAUCUUCCUGUAACAAAUGAUAAAAAAAUGACAUCAAUUGGUAUAUCAAUGUCAGGUGAAAAAGAAAAAAAUAUCAAUUUAUUACCAAAUAAUCAGGAUAAGUAUUCAAAAAUUGAACAAUCACCAAAUAUAAUUAAUUUAAUUGAUUCUCAAAUUAACUCUAACCAAAAAAAUAUUCAGGUCAAUGGUAAAACUUCUAUACCUCAAAAUAAUAAAGAAGACUGUCCUGAAAAAGAAGUAUCAUUAGAUGGUAAAAAGUAUGAAGAAGUUACUAUAAAUAUAGAAUUAACUAAAAAAUUAAAAAAUGAAGAUUUAAAAUUAAUAACUACCAAGGAAAAAGAUUAUAUUUCAAAGUUAACUGAAAAUACAAAUCUUAUCUUCUCUGAUAGUAGUGAUUCAGAGGAACAUGAUAUUGAUGGUAAAAAGUUACAUGAUAUUAUAAAAAUGCAUGAUAGAUUUAGUAGUGAGGAUGAUAAUAUAAGUAUUGAGGAACUUUUUACUGAUACAUGGGUACAAACUGAUGGUGAAUUUGGAAAGCCAAAAUUACCAUUAAAAGAUAAUACCAGCCAAUAUGAUAAAACAAUUGAUCAAUCAUAUUUUAUUGAAAAAAAUUCCCAAACAGUGGAUAAAAGUUUUGUAAACAAUGAUAGUCAAACAAUUAUAAAUGAAUUAAAUGAUACUGAGUCUCAGACAACUAUUAAUAUGGAUAACAUUUACAUUAAAGAAGAUUCUGAUGAUCUUGAUAAAAAUAUCCAAAUUCAAGAUGUUGCUGUGCAGACAUAUCGUGAUUAUGGAAAUUUUACCUCUCAAUAUAAUUAUGAGAUACCUAAAAUGGAUUCACAAACACAAUAUAUUUCUAACAGUAGUGAAUUUGGAAGUCAAUAUAUUUAUAAACCAGAAACAAUGUCAAAGGAAUCACAGAUAAAGGCAGAAUUUGUGGAUUUUAGUAAUCAAUAUGCAUUUAUACCAUUGACAGUUGACUCAGAAGUACAAGUUUCAUGUAAGAAAAAAGAAAAUAAUACACAAACAAGGAUUAAAUUUUAUGAAAAUCAAGCAACUCAAUUUAAUUUAGAAAAAAUUAACAAAGAAACACAGGUUGGUUUUGAUGAAGGAAUAAUAAGUAGAAAUAUUUCUUUAAAAAAUUUAAUCAUACGAGAAAAAGAGUGUUUAAAAGAAGGUGUUGAAGACAUUUCAAAAAUGUUGUUUAAAAAAAAAUACGAAGAAAGCGUUCCCUCUACUACAAAAUUUACAUUAUUUGAGGAGGAUUCUAAUUCAUUAUUAAAAUCAAAAAACUGGAAGAGUGGUUUUUUAAAUAAAGAGGAAAAUGAUAGUAUCAUUUCAUCAUGUCACACUUCCCAAAAAGAUAUAAAUAAAAAAAAUUUAAAAAAAGAUUACAUUGAAUCUGAAAUUACAGUACAACAUUAUAAUAAAAAACUUGAAUUUACCAAUUAUGGAGAUGAUGUUACUCAUAAUACUUCUAAAGAUGAAUUAUAUACAGAAGAGGGAGAUUUUGAAUCACUUAUUAGUGAUGGCGAAACAGAAAGUAAUAGUGAAAAAAAAUCAGAUCAAUUAGUUGAUGUAGGAAUCCAGACAGGUGUCCUAGCCAGAGUCCAACAUAUAUAUGGAGAGGGCCGAAAACACUCAGGAACAAGUGAUUCUGUAAAUACCGUUCCACCAGAGUUUCAAAAAGUUAGUCUUAAGAGACUUCAUGCAAUAGAUGAUAAGGGUGUUUAUCGUAGUAUUGAUAUCACACCUCCAGCAUCACCUUCAUCAAUUUCAGUUAAAAGAAAAUUAAGUUUAAAAAAAGAUCGUUCCUCAAAAAUAUAUAAUGAUAAUUUAAAAAAUCAAAUUAAAGAAAGUACAGUACCAAGUUUGAUAAGAAGUUUUAAUACAUUUGAAGAAGAGGAAGAAUCCUCACCAAGUGGCAAACUAAAUCCACCAAAAAAAUAA